AUGAAACUCACACUCGUCACGGCCCUUGUCGGCGCGACCGCGGUCAACGCCACGUCGUUCCGCCCUGCCGCCACAAAGCAGCACGUCAGACCACAGUCUCAUGUGUUCGAUCGCUCCCUCCACCGUUCCAACCCCGCUGCGGCCGCGGGCUCCAACAGCCGCGUGUUUGCCGCAAACGUCUUGUCGGCGGCCGCGGCCGAGAAGCCGCCUGUGGUCGGGGGCGCAUACCUUUCGUCCUCGGACAUCGGCUCGGUGGCGGGUCGUUUCACGGUGCCCAAGGCCACGCAGCCGACCAAGGGCGACAUCGCGGGCCAGGACAUCGAAUACGGCGCCUCGUUCUGGGUCGGCAUCGACGGCGUCAACUGCACGACGGGCACGCUCCGCGCCGGCAUCGACAUCUUUUGGAGCUCCCGGGGCGAGAGCUACCACGCCUGGUACCAGGUGUCGGCCGACUCGUCCAAGGACUUCCUCUCGGGCGAGAUGGACGUCGCGCCCGGCGACGAGCUGCACGUCACGGCCACGGCCACGGGCGGCAACGGCACCCUGGUCGUGAACAACCGCUCGACCAACCAGACGGUGGAGCGGCACCUGGCCCCCGGCGAGAAGCUGUGCCGCAGCGAGGCGGCCUGGCUGGUCGAGGACUUUGUGCUCGUCCAGGCCGUCGGCGCGCCGAUUGCGCUGGUCAACUUUACCGAAGUGGCGUUCGACGGCAUGAAGACGACCACGGGGUGCGCCAGUUCAGGGCGCGCGGAGCCGGUCAGCCUGGACAAGGUCAGGGUUAUGGACGUUGUGGUGGAGGAGCAGGGCGGGAAGCUGGCGGAUUGUGCAAUGACUGGGGUCGAUCAGAUGACGUGUAAGAGGUUUGCCUAG